AUGGAUGCUCUCUUCCCCGAUGAGGUGAUUCUUCAGAUUCUGGCUAGAUUACCUGUCAAAUCUCUCUUCAGGUUCAAAUCCGUUUGCAAAGCUUGGCACAAACUGCCCUCCGACGGAUAUUUCACCGCCUUGUACAACAAAGUCUCUGUAAAAGAGCAAAUGCUCGUCGCCGAGGUAUCGUAUUCCUCGGAAUCGAAAUCUAGCUUGAUCUGCGUUGAUAAUCUGAGAGGCGUUUCCGAGUUAUCAUUGGAAUUUGUUAGAGACAGGGUGAGAAUUAGGGCUUCUUGUAACGGCUUAUUCUGUUGCUCGAGCAUUCCUGAAAAAGGUGUUUAUUACGUUUGCAAUCCAUCGACUAGAGAGUGUAGGAGAUUGCCUAAGAGCAGAGAGAGACCUGUGACUCGGUUUUAUCCGGACGGUGAAGCGACGCUUGUUGGCUUGGCUUGUGAUUUGGAUAGGAACAAGUUCUAUGUGGUCAUGGCUGGUUACCACAGGUCGUUCGGUCAGAGACCUGACGGGAGUUUCAUCUGUUUUGUGUUUGAUUCCGAGACCAACAAGUGGAGGAAGUUUGUCUCGGAGCAAGAAGAUUGUUGUAGCUUCACGCAUAUGAGCAAGAACCAAGUGGUGUUUGUGAACGGGAAGCUUCACUGGUUGAUGAGUGGUUUGUGUUAUGUGCUUUCGCUUGAUGUUGAGCGUGACGUGUGGAGGAAGAUUUGUUUGCCUGACGAGAUUAGGUGUGGGGAAGGUGGUGGUGGGAAUCGGGUUUAUCUGUUGGAGUCCGACGGGUUUUUGUCGGUGGUUCAGAUAUCGGAUCGGUGGAUGAAAAUAUGGAAGAUGAGAGAGUAUGAGAGUGAGAGUUGGUUUGUUGUUGAUAGCGUAAGUUUGAGGUGUAUCAAAGGAUUGGUGCCUGGGAUUUUUCCGAUUUGUCAGACCGGUGAGUAUGUGUUGUUGGCUACUCAUAAACAGGUUUUGGUGUAUCAGAGACGGAGGAAGUUGUGGAAAGAGAUGUUUUCUGUUAAAGGAAGCUCUUCUCUGCCUUUGUGGUUCUCUGCUCACGCCUUUCGCAGCACCAUUGUACCUUGUAGUUGA